CUGAAGGCCUGUUCCCAGAUGCUAGCCCAAAAUCAAAUAGGGCUGAUUUGAUUUGUAUUUUGCACCUGGUGUUAUUAUUUAUUUAUUUUAUAAUGAAUGGUUUAAAAUAAAACCAAACAAAGUUUAAGUGUAUUUUUAAGUGAAAAUAUAUACUUUUAAAUCUCACUGAGAAUCUUCAUAAAACAGAGAGAUGAAGAUGAGAGCUGCUAUCUGGUCCAUCAAGAAUUCCUGCAAUCUGCAAUAUGCAAGACAAAAUACUCACUGCAGAAAACAACUGUUAAGUGAUCCUUUACACUUACAAAGUCAAGCUUUUACUGUCAUUAGAAACAAAUCAACAGUGACAUCCUCAGUUGGCCAUGAAACCAAAGUGGACGCGUUAGACACUCGAUUUUCUGAUCCAGAGUCCGCCUUUAGGAGCAAAACUACUUGGGAAGUGCUGAGGGCUUUAAUAGUGUACCAAAUGUGUUCUGUAAACUUUAUAGUGGACAACAAUGCGAAACUGAUAAAGCUGUGCCAGUCAGUCCUAGGCAAGAGGAUUUUUGGGAUGUUGAUGAAGGCCACUUUUUAUGGGCAUUUCGUAGCCGGGGAGAACGAAGAGAAGAUCGCUCCGACUCUGAAGAGGCUUUACUCUUUUGGUGUAAAGCCAAUUUUAGAUUACUCUGUAGAGGAAGAUAUUAGUCAUGAAGAAGCAGAGAAGUUGGAAAUGGAUGCUUCACAGUCAGAAAGGGAGAAGACAGGGCAGCCUUCAGAAGCGGAUGAGAUGGGUGGGAAAAUGCCCCAGUACCAUGCUCACAAGAGCUUUGCAGACAGGAGGUACAAAGUUUCCAGUGCUAGGACUUACUUCUACUUAAACGAAGCAACUUGUGAAAAAAAUUUGGAAAUUUUCCAAAACAGCUUACUUGCAGUAGCAAAUCACACCCAAGGGACAGGAAUAACAGCCGUUAAAUUGACUGCUCUAGGUAGGCCUCAACUGUUGCUGCAGUUAUCAGAAGUGAUUAUGAGAGCUCGCAACUUUGUGAGUCAAGUGAUGGGCGGUCGAGGCAAUGUCCUUGGUCAUCACUUCACAGCUGAGAUGCUCGAGAAGAAGUUGAAAGAUGCAGGUAUCACAGACACGGCUAAGUUUCUGGAAAAGGUUGUCACUGACAAACACGGCGUCAUCCAUCUUUUUCCAUGGAGUGGCAUCGUCAAUGAAAAUUACGAGUUGAGCGAUACUUUCCGAGUGCCGAGUCUUAAAGAAGGCAGAAUGGUCAGGCUCAUCUCCCAACUGUCUCCACAAGAGGAGGCAAUGUUCCGCAACAUGGUUCGUCGUAUGAACACUCUUGUCGCAACAGCCAAAGACCUCAAUGUGCGCCUCAUGGUUGAUGCUGAACAGACCUACUUCCAACCAGCGAUUUCAAGGAUUACAUUGGAAAUGAUGAACAAAUACAAUACAGAUAAGGCUAUCGUGUUCAACACUUAUCAGUGCUAUCUGAAGGAGGCCUUUAACGAAGUUUCUACUGAUUUGGAACAGGCAAAGAGGCAGAACUUUUACUUUGGUGCUAAACUUGUCAGAGGUGCUUACAUAGAUCAGGAACGAGAACGGGCAGCAGAGUUAAACUAUCCGGAUCCUAUCAAUCCCACUUAUGAGGCGACUUCAGAAUCUUAUCACAAAACCUUAACGGAAUGCCUGAGUAGAAUCAAAGCUCUUAAAGACGCCGGAGAACCCAACAAAAUUGCAAUCAUGGUCGCUUCUCACAAUGAGGAUACUGUUCGAUUCGCGAUCGAUAAGAUGAAGGAAAUUGGUGUUCUACCACAAGACAAAGUAAUCUGCUUUGGUCAACUGUAUGGCAUGUGUGACUUCAUCACGUUCCCAUUGGGACAAGCAGGUUACUCGGCCUACAAGUACAUCCCAUACGGGCCGGUAAAUGAGGUAUUGCCUUACCUCUCCCGUCGUGCCACAGAAAACAAAAGUGUGCUCAAAAAGCUUCAAAAGGAAAAGAAGCUGCUAAGGACAGAGUUACUGCGACGCAUCGCAAAAGGAAAAAUAUUCUACAAACCGGUUGGCAACUAUACACCAGCUUAGACAACUUCCAACGAUGGAUACUUACUGUUACUAGUCUAGCAAACUGUUUCCUGCUAAAUGUACAGCGAAGAUGCGAUCUCAUGGAUGUGCCUAUUCCGAUAUGUUUAGGUACAAAGCAAUAGUGAAAAUUGUAACUAUGUAAUUAGUAUUUAUUCUUCUUUUAGUACCCAAAAUUGUUUUUAAUUUUGACAUAAUUCUUAUGUUGUAAUGUGUGAUAUUUGUUUUACUUAGAAUACUUAUUUAGCCUGCAAUAAUGAUCUUAAUUUGUGUAAUUAGUUCUCAAGAAUUAAUUAUUAGAACUCCACUAGCCCUAGCCAUUUAUUGUAGGCGUAAAACAUCUGUAGAAAUGUUAUUGAAGUUUUGUCUAGUAAUGAAAACUAAUUUUGUCUUUGUGUAUGUAAUGAAUAAUAAACUUAUUAUUCAAACUUUUACAUUCCCAGAGGUGUUCCAUUGGUUGAAGUCAAACUUUUCAGAUGAUAUUUAUUACAUGUUUACGUCUGACUCGUUGCUAUGAUUUAUACUAAUCAACUAUCAUUUUUCUACAACUUUGAAUUGCGAUCUUUUGAAUAAAUUCACAACCUCAUUUUUACUACAAAGUAAUAUUAAAUCAAAUAUAUAACUAACAAAUAAAUAUCAGAGUGCAUAAAUAUCUGGAGUUUAAUAUCUAAAAACAUAUUUUUAAUAGUUCAUAAAUUGAACCUAGAAUGCCAUUCUGUUGAAUUGCAUUGUUUUUACAGUCUAUGCUUGUAUUUACAUGUUGUUGUUUUUUUACACACCAAAAAUAUUUAAAAAUUAAAAAACAUGAUGGAUGAUUUGAAGUUGUAUUUCCGAAUAUUACGUAGUUUUGAGUCUCUUUUAUUGUUAAAACCAUAAUAUCUAAACAAUCUGGGAAGAAUAAGGCAUUCACAAAUGGAAGAAAAUUACAAAAUUAUUUACAAUCUUUGAGUAUGGUACAGUGAACAUUUUAAAUUUAAUUUUCAAGUGUACAAAUAAUAAUCCGGUCAAGUGUAUGAAUCCUGUUCAAAUUUAUGUAUUAUUCUUUGCAAAACUGCAUAUAGAUUUGUAUUAGAUACAAGUAUUAUUUGAUUGCUCUGUAAAACCACCGAUCUUCAGUGGAUUUGAGCUUGAAAAAAUUAAAACUGGUUAAAAAUA